GGUUACUCUAUAGUUAUAGUUGUCGACGAAGGCUCUAAUUUCAAGGGCAAAGUCAAGGAGAUCGUUUACAAGUUGGGUAUUAAGAGAGUUAUUAUCUCGCUAUAUAAUUUAUAUAUAAACGGUGUAAAUAAGGCUAGCUAUAUCCCGAUUGCUACCUCGUUUAUAAAGAUAACUAAUAGUAUAAGAAAGAGGUGGAGAGAGCUCCUUCUAUAUAUCUUAUAUAUAGAUUGUACAACUAUUAGAGGCUCUUAUAGGAUAUCUCCCUUCUUUCUUACCUACAAUUAUAAGCCUAUUAGUCUAGUCGAGUUUAAUGUUCCUAUAUAG